AGCUGACAUCUUGGGCUCCAAGUUGCGAAGUCCACCGGGUUCGUGGUCAGUGAGGGCAUGUCGCCACCUCCUGAAGAGGAGUUCGAAGACGAAUCAGAGGAGUCUGAGAGGCGUUCAGCCGGAGUUCUUUGGCCAGACCCGUUUGAUGCUGGCACUGACGCUUCCACGAGCGAUGAGGCGCCGAGUCAGCGAAAAUGGCCGACCGCGCCUGAAAAGCCCUUCUCUGCAUCCUCUAGGAAGCGGCGCAGCUCUCCUUGGCUAGGCGAAGAUGUGCGAAUGGCACCAUCUGCGCCCAGCAGGCCACGGCGGACCCGCGGGCAGAAGCGCAAAGGCGAUGGGGGAAACCAGAUGCUUGCGAAGCUGCCAAGGACAUCCAAGUCUGGUGAUAUGGAUGUGGAGCCCACGUCAGACUUCAGCAUUGCUUCAAUGGAAAUUAACGAUCGAUGGUGUCGCAAAAUGCACGCCUGGCACCGAAGGAAGGACUUGACUUCAAGCUCCAAAGGUGAGACAGAUGCUCCUCAUUGACUCAACCUGGUGCUUGCGAAGCAAUGGAAAAGAGUUCAGAGAAAUGCAAGCGGAUGAGAUCCCGCAACAUGCAGCCUGUCUUUACAACCUUGCAACCUUUUUGGUGCAGCUCAAGCUCUGUGGGGAACGCGUGC